GAAAAGGACGAUGUGAAUGACUUGGAAGACAGCUAUGGACAAGAAUGGACGAGGUACCAGAGGCAGUACCUAGAGUGGACGGGCUACACAGCCUUCUUUGUUGCCAUUGUGGUCCAGCAAAUAGCAGGUCUGAUCAUCAGGAAAACCCGGAGAAACUCCAUUUUCCAGCAAGGACUCUUCAGCAGUAAAGUCAUCUGGGUAGGGAUUGCCUCACAGAUCACCAUAGCGUUAAUCCUCUCCCAUGGCUUUGGGAGUGUCACAGCCCUAAACUUCACUGUGCUCCGGGCUCAGUAUUGGUUUGUGGCUGUGCCAUAUGCUAUUCUGAUUUGGGUAUACGAUGAGAUGCGAAAACUUUUCAUCAGGCUUUACCCUGGAG